UAACAUUAGGAUGUUAAAGCCCAGGCGAGGGCGGUAGGCUUGGGAUACUAGGGGAGGUAGAAAUCUGUCUAGUAUUCUCGGGUGGGAUGACAGGACGGCAAAACCAAGCCGCAGCUAGCCGAGGACAAAAUGUACUAGUUCGUUAACCAGGUGGUUUAGUAAGUAAUCGGCUAACUAUGUAAAACUAGACAAUAAUGUAGCGGCGGUUCGUUGAAGGUGGGGUCAAUGUAGAAAUAGUUUGGGAUUGUUGUCACAAGCAGUUAAGGCUAACUUUUAGUACGUUAGCAACCCAGAGUUAGCUGGCUAAUGUUAAAACUGGGGGAAAACCCAUUCAAGUUAACUCAAGCAUAACCAGUUUAAUGUGACCCAGCGGUUGGAACGCACCGUUAGAAAAGAUUUACGGACAAAACAGCGGUUGGAAAGUUUAACUCGCGCCCAGAAAUCAUGGCGUCGGUGCAGUUUGACUCGACAGCAUAUGCACAGGAGCAGAUUUGACUCUGGGUUGUCCACAAGCUCGCUGACGUUAGCUGUCCCGGCUAGAAGGCUAUUUUUUUUUUCUUCUUCUUAUGCUACCAUGGACAAAAUGGAAAACGGCCUUCGAUCUGUGGACACGGGGAGCAUCAGGACUCUUAGCAGCAGUCACAUUGACGACGAAAGCUCCUUGGGAUCCGACUCGGAGAUCAACGGCUUCGCCAGCGAAAGGCAGACGGAUAAAUAUGGAUUUAUUGGUGGGGCGCAGAAGUACUCGGAGGACACAGCUCAGGAUAUACCUACAGCGGUGCUCAGGCAAAGAGAGGUGAAGUGGCUGGACAUGCUGAGCCACUGGGACAAGUGGAUGAUCAAGCGAUUCAAUAAGGUGAGGCUGCGGUGCCAGAAAGGAAUUCCUCCUGCCCUCAGAGGCCGUGCAUGGCUCUACCUGUCUGGUGGGAAGGUGAAGAGAGAGCAGAACCAAGGAAAGUUUCAGGAGCUGGAUAGCCAGCCGGGAGACCCCAAAUGGGUUGAUGUAAUUGAGAAAGACCUCCAUCGACAGUUUCCUUUUCACGAGAUGUUUGUGUCACGGGGAGGACACGGGCAGCAGGACCUGUUCCGUGUUCUUAAGGCUUAUACUCUCUACAGACCAGAGGAGGGAUACUGCCAGGCCCAGGCUCCUAUUGCUGCAGUGCUGCUAAUGCACAUGCCUGCUGAGGAUGCUUUCUGGGGGCUGGUCCAGAUCUGUGAGAAGUAUCUUCCUGGUUACUACAGUCCCGGCCUGGAAGCUAUACAGUUAGAUGGAGAGAUACUCUUCGCCCUGCUGCGACGCGUCUCCCCUCUAGCCUUCCGGCAUCUGGAGAAACAUAAGAUCGACCCCAUCCUCUACAUGACUGAAUGGUUUAUGUGUGCCUUCUCCAGAACCUUACCCUGGGCAUCAGUGCUGCGCGUCUGGGACAUGUUCCUCUGCGAUGGAGUGAAAAUAAUUUUCCGCGUGGGCUUGGUGCUACUCAAGUGCAUGUUGGGAACUCGUGAGAAGCUUAAGGCCUGCCAAGGCCAGUAUGAGACCAUGGAGCUUCUCAGGGCGAUAGAGCCUCGAUACAUGCAGGAGGGUUUCCUCGUUCGAGAGAUUCUCGAGGUGCCGGUGACGGCACGAGACGUGGAACGAGAGCAUCACAUCCAGCUCAAGCGCUGGAAGAAGAACCGCGGAGAGCUCAAUUUCAAACCACCUCCGAGAAUGCACGGCGCUCGGAUCAUCAUGCUGGCUGAGCCACCCAGGCGCCAAGACCUGCAGCAGAACCCCACCAUUGUACUUGAAGUGCCUCAGACUACCCCACAGCUGCAGAAGGGCAAGGAGGAGAAGAAGAGUAAGAAAAAGAAGAGCAUGAAGAAAUCCCAGCCCACAGAGGAGAUCCCCAAUCCUUACCCUCUUCCCAGUGACCCUCAAUCGUCAUCCUCAGAACUGCCUGCCCCGCCUCCAGGCAACAGUGUGAUGCCAGAGGCCGCGGCGCAGACUGAAACGGACUCAGUUGGAGAGCAGAAAACGCCUCCUACAGACCUCCCCUCUGCCAAAGAAUCUACUCUUCAGCGAUCUACACAAAGCCUUAGCAGCACAGAGCAGGACACAUACUUGUAGCUCUGAAAGUGUGUGUGUGGGGGGGGGUGAGUGGGUGUGGACAAAGCACCAGCACUCUUCCGUCAACAGCCAGCCAGCCUUGCUGAAAUCUCUGAGUGGCCAGCAUAACCUAUUUUUUCUAAUAUCAGACUACUUUGUAUGCAUUUGCUCAUUUUCCACACAAGUUUGCCUUUGAUAUUAACAGCAUACACUAAAGCACCUUUGCCAUGUAUAAAACUACUUAAAUGCUUUUGCCAUUUGUCACUACAGAGCUGACGGAUGCUUCCUCUUAAUGCUUGAUUCUCUUAGUCAGACCAUAAGUCUUAGUAUUGUUUUUGGAAGGGAGACAAGUUACUGCUUUACUGAGGGCAGAGUGUUUCAAGUGUUCGGUAAUCUUAAUAAGGUGCCGGAAUUCUUGCAGUUUAUGCGUUUUCACUCAAGUUCUCUUGUAAUAAUGUGCAGCAGAGGAUGUAAACUCCUGAUGCACAUGCCACACAUUUCAGCCUCUCAAGUCUUUGUAUUUCAUUUUGAGUUUUUUUUUUUUUCACUAGAGGGCAGCCUUGCAGCUAUAAAUGCUCUUAGGAGAGGCAACCACAUCGAGGAUGGGAUUCAGUAAAAUUGGGAGUGGGUACAAGUGUACUUUUUUGAAGUUGAGAUUAAAUUUUCUCUCACAGUGAAAAAUUGUAUUAAACUUAGCGACUGAAGUGGCAAAAGUAA